CACUUCUGAGGUUUCAGAAAGAAAGAAACCUCUUUCUCUCUUCUCUUUCGUCAUGUAUCGAUUCGACUAUUGCAGCUGAAGUUUCGCGCAUAGUUAUCUUGAUACAUGUCCCAUUGAUACAACCCUCUUUCUCCUUUUCAUCCAUCUCGCAAUACCAACUUGAUCUCAAUUGUCAGCAUCAGCAUCAGAACAGUCAACAUGGACGGCUUUCUCAACUGGGUCUGCCCCCAGGCGGAAAAGAUGUUGGAUUUUCUUAUCGACACGUCCGGCAUCAUUUUUGGUCCGAUCAUUUAUGGAUUACUCUGGAUGACCGGAUUUUUUUCAAUCGGGUUCGCCAUUUGGAUCAUAGUUGGCUCCCUCAUUCUCAGUGCCCGCAAGCUGUUCCAGGAUGCGACACGAAGUCUCAAGUAUCAGUGGCGUACCCUGUUAGACAACGACCCCAACAAGCCCAGGAUUCCUGAAGUUUGGUAUCGCCGUCCCGGUUAUGCGGUGUGCGACCCCAUUACCAACUCGUCGAACUCGUCCAAUGAUGUUAAGAAGAAGAAAUCGGACAAGAAGAAGUUGAGCCUUAAAGUCGUUCAGAUGAAGGUCAAGAAGACUACGACACGGUUGAGAAGGAAGACAUCCAGACUUGAAUACAGGCACCGGCAGGAACAUGAGACGAAUCCCUGGUCCACGAGGAAGCACCAGCAGACUGCAGAGCUGAGCAGCGAAGUCGAGAAGCUCAAGAGUUGCAUCCUCGAACUCAGUGCCUAUCUACGGACAGUGGAGGAGAGCCGCGCUGAAUUGUUACAACGUCAGACAACCUGGAUUUACCCAUACGACAAGGACUUGGAGAUCCCCGGCCGAAUUCCGACCAUUUGUGCGAGACUGCCAGUGCCCGAAUUCCGCAUCUCAGACGUGAUUGACCGCCGGAGGGCCAAGCCAGUUGCCCCUUUCAAUAUCACGUUUUACAGCAUGCCAGAGACUAUCGUUCGAUCCAAGGCCUCUGCUCCUGCCGCCCGGUCUCUUUCUAGCGCCAACAGUAAGACCAUCGACCAGGCCGCCAACCAGCCCGUCACGAGCCCCGCUAUCAUCCCAUCGCUACCCAUCGCGAUUCCCACCGUCAAUACCCCCCGCAAAAUUCCUAAGCACACCGAGAGCCCUGUUAAGAGUAUUCUCGAGCUCACUCAGCCCGCAUCCAUCUCUGUGCCACUGCCCAAGUCCCCCCCGCAGCCGCUCGCACAGCCUGCUUCAACCCCGCCCUCGCUUGUUCACCCAAGCUCACAGAUUGCUACCCCUGCUUUCUCCGCGGUAUCCAAGAACAACAACUGGGAAGUGAGCAAAGAAGGCAAGCUUGCCAAGGAAUCCAAAAAGAAAGCUUCAGACUACAAUGUCAGCUCUGAAAGUAAUAGUGACGAGAACGGCAAUACUGCGCUUCCAUCGAUAGCAGAACCAGAUGGAGACGACGGCAAGAGUAAAGAUGACAGUCUUACACUGCUUCCGGAUUCAGAUGAAAACGACGUCGAAGGAAGAGACGAUGACUUCCCGCCUCUUCCAGAUUCGGAUACUGGUUCGGAUGGAGAGAAUGAUCAUAAGGACCACAACAACAGACCGGACAACGCAGGCAGUAUGAUUCCCUCUGUAAUUCAGCAGCUUGUGGAAACUUUUUCCGAUCCUGCACCUGCCCAAGAGUCCUUUUUUGCGUCUUCCUCCGUCCCUGCUAUCAUCAAAACCAAGGUCCAGGGACCUUCUAUUACCCCCCUGGGUACCCAGAUGGAAGUUGACGUCCACGAUAAGAAUGUGGCCGAAGAGGACCACACUAAGAUAGAUGCGAUGGAUGUUGACGUCCAGAAAGAAACAAGUGAAAAGGAACAUGACGCUGCUAAAGACGAGAUGGAAAUGGACAUCGAACACGAGAAGACCAAGGAUGACACUGGAAAAGACAAGAUGGAAGUUGAUAUCGAGAACGAGACUGGCGCUACGACAGACGAGAUGCAGCUGGAUGAUCUGGAUACAAUCCGAGGUCUAAAGGACGUCGACAUGGUAAACGCGUCGCAGAAGAUCCAAAAACCGACGGGCGAUAUCGAGAUGAGAGACGGGUCAACAACCCCUUACAUUGCGCCUAGUACCAAUGUCUUUGCCGGAAAGAACACUCAGCAUACAAUCGCUGAAAAACCUUCGACUCCUCUGCCGAACGAACAUCGCUCACAGCAAGUAAUGCUGCGUCUACAGGCAUCCAAUGUCCGUGGCGAAACUAUGUCUGACGAGGCACCUCCCCCGGCCCUGGAAUCUAGGGACCAGAGGCCAGUCAUUAUCAUUCGGCAUAACGAUUUGCGCCGCCGGCGAGCUCUCGAGGCGAAGCGGCGUUGGCUAUUGGCACAAGAGCAGGAAGCCGCCGCCGCUCCUGAGCCCGCCAUGGAGCAGUUUAGGAAUAGACCACCGCCCAUGGUAUCAUCGCAGGGAGUCUCCGCCAGAGAGAACCGUCUUCUGUUGUCCGGAACGGCCGAGCUGAGGCGAGAAUUACUUCACAGGCUCCAGGCCCUGUGGCCCCUUCUACCGAAGGCCGAGGUCGAUCGGGUACGGCUGAACAACUUGAGGUCAAAGUCACUCGCAGAAUGGCGAAAGCUCCUGAACCCGGCAGGCAAGCAUGCGCUUCCGGACAAUACCUACAUCCCCAGGGACGCGUUCGAACGGGAAGCGGCCGAGUGGAUGGAGAAGGUUGUCGAACUGAUGACCAAAUUGAAAGUCAUUCCAGAAGUGGGAUCCCUUCUGGAGACAUGGAGGGAAUGUGUGGCCCGCCAAGAGCCACUUCCCGAACCUGAGGAUAACUAGAAGCAGUAAUCGACGAUGCGAACUUUUGAGUGAAGAUAAAAAAGAGUUGUUG